CCCCGUCAUCCAUAUCUCGCUCCAACCGGCCCUCGACUGAGAGCGGAUUUGCCCGGACCUUAACGCAGGCUUAAAACCAUUGUGGUACGACUGCAAAAACGCGAAUUGUUUUUAGCUUGGAAGACAGGUGUUCCUUUGCCGUGCGAUCCAAACUGUUGCACGGAGUUAUUCCAUCGGCUUGAAGAAGAAGAUUUAGUGAGGAGAGAGGAAAGGAGAAGAGACAUUAUUUUAGGAUAAGGAGUUCUUUUGGGGGAAGCGGGAGGCUUGUGGUGUUUCGGUUUUAGAUUUCUAACAUUGUGUGUUGACUUUUGAUAUUGUCGAACGGAGGAUUUGGAUUUAGAGGCAGGAGAACUCGGAAGCAAGAGGUGGUCUCUGAACGACUUGGCUUAGGAGGUCGGGUAAUGGAGACAAACGGGACCUUAAAAGAGGCCAUAAACGGGACCUCACUGCAUCUUGGUUCAUGCGGCGGUGACAAGGAUGAAAAGAAAGCCAUCAUCUCAACUGACCGGGAACGUGCCAGUUCAAGAUGGAUCACCGUAGAACCGAUCCUGCUCCUCAUUGCUCUGGCCCGCAAGGCCAUGGUCAUCACGCGGCUCCAGUACCUCAAGCACCGUAUCGGAGAAGAACAUCAUUACAGCUCCAUCAUCGCUAACCUUUCUGUGUCUUCACUCUGCAAUGAUGACAAUUACACGGACACACUGGAGGACGAGAUACAGCAACAGACAGCGGUUUGGAGUUUGUACCUUUACGCCAUGUCCACGUUUCCCGCGCUUUUUACGACCAUCGUAGUUGGCGCUAUCAGCAAUCUAGCCGGGCGGAAAGUCGCCAUGAUGGUUCCGUGUAUUGGUUACAUCCUCCAGUGUGUAUUAUUUCUCAUAAUCGCAUACGCGCAUUUACCCCUUUGGACAUUCUUUAUAGCUGAACUCCUACAGGGAAUAUCCGGUGGGGUUGCGCUCCUCUUUGCCGGUGCGCAUGCGUACAUCGCAGACACCACGGAAAAGCGGCAACGGACUUUACGCAUCGCCGUCACAGAGGGAGUCUAUUUCUUUGGAAAUGGUGCCAUUCAAAUUUCAAACGGAUAUCUAAUCGCGCGGUUUGGUUACGAAUCUUCCUAUUGGUUCUCGUUGGUUUUACUUGUGCUCGCCUUUGUCUACGCCUUAUCACCCCAUCUCCUCAUCGAAACGGUGGACGAGGAGACGAAGAUGAGAACUAAGCAAACUACGACGGUCAGAACGAUCGUCUGUACGGCAUGUGACCUCUUCAAGGUCACAGAAGGAAGGCGUAAUAUGAAAUUAAUAGCAGCUGGUAUGGUGCUUCUAUUUGCACUGAUAAGUGUGAGUGGAUGUCAAAGUGUUGUGGUGCUCUAUGGUCUAGCCAAGCCAUUCUGUUGGACACCAAUCGACGUAGGCUUCUAUACAGCCGUUUCAUUGAUACUUCCAGGCGUAGGGUCUUUAGUUGGGGGUCAGUUUGUCUAUCAUUUCAAUAACGACUACUGGAUGAUGCAUAUUAGUCUCAUCAGUGCCAUGGCCAUGUGCUUUACAACGGCUUUGGCCAAAACUACUCCCGUUUUGUAUUCAGGUUUGGUGGUAGGUGCAAUGUCCAGUUUUAUCGCACCGCUUAUCCGAGGUCUUAUGUCCAAGAUGGUCGGAGAACAUGAACAAGUAUCCGUCUUUACAUACGCUGGCUGUGUGGGUAACACCGUCAAGUUCAUCGCCAAGGUCAUGGCUUUCUCUAUCUACGCAGGAACCGUCCAUACACUACCCACCUUAACCUUCUACGUGCUGGGAUUCAUCGUUAUUAUUCCUAUAUGCAUCACAUGCUGCCUCCAGUGCUUAAAAAAUAACUUGACGGACUAUGACGAGUUGGGAGAGGAUGGGACCAGCGAUAAACUAGAGUUGGUCCAGACAGAGCAUCUAAAAUAACACCGGUACACACAACCUGCGUGAUCCCUUGCCUCGCUCAUCAUCAACGGACGUCACCGCCAUCAUUACCGUAGUACGAUCUCGCCGGCGAGGACGAGAUGCCUCAUUAUUUUGCCACGCUGUUUUUCCAUCUGGGCGGAUUCUGCUUUUGGUUCGACCCGAUACUCGUGACUGAUCAUAAAGACACACUGUAAAGUGAUUUUUCUUUUUCUUUUCUUUUUUUAAAUCGAGUUUUUUUAAAGGCACA